AUGCGACAUGCUGGCGACUAUAUUUGUGUUGCUUAUGAUCCAAAUGAUGAUCCUCAUGGAGAACGUCCUGUUGAUUCGACACCUGUUCGGUUAGAAGUUCGUCAGAGAAGACCCGAAGAGCCACAACCUCCACUGGUCGAUCCUCCAAGAAUAACUGCUAAUAUUGGCCAACCAGCACGUUUUCGUUGUUGGGUGCCGGGCAAUCCAAAUGCACAGCUUACUUGGUCUCCUCUGAGAGGUGGUCCUCUCCCCAAUGGAGCUGAAGAUAGAGGGGGACAUUUAAUAUUCCGAUCUGUUGCUGCUGAACAUGAAGGCCAAUAUAUUUGUUCCUAUUAUCAUCCAGAAAGUGGAAGAACGCUUAAAUCGCCACCUGUUGAACUUGAUGUUCAAGAACGUGAGUUUGAAAAAUUUUUACUCACAUUUUUGGGUAGGAGAGCCAAGUAG